CAGACAGCUUCGCAUCCUUCAACGCGAUGCAUUCAAUACGACGGAGCUGCCAAUCGGCGCUUCAAAGCUCAAACGCGGUUUGCCCUUUUGCCAAUGGCUCGCGGCGCGCCUUUUCCCGCAGCCCUGCGCUCCACCGAGGCGCACUGCCCAUCUUCCUCACACCCUCUUCUCCCGAGCUUUCGAAGCUCCUCAUGACCCUCCAUGCCAAAGUCUUCCUCCCGCAACACCUCACAAAAGACCAAGCAAAGCUCGUCUACAGGCAGAAAAACCGCGCGAAACUCGAAGCGGAGCCCAUAGAAAUCACGCUCGGCGAUGUCACACUGCCGCUCGAACACAUCGACCGCAACCGCGAUCUUCCCGACCGCGGGAAACAUCUACGGACAAUUGUGCGUCAGAGCAAGACUCAAGAGGACUGGGAGAACGUCCUACGCAUAAUGGAGGGGUUUGAGAACGCGGGAAUUCAUCUAAAGACACAGUGGCAGGAGAUGAUCGUAAGAAAGAUGAAUGAGGCGGGCAUGCAGCAUUUGAUCUUGAAGGCGCUGCAGCGGUCAACGCAUACAGGGUUGAGGCUGAGGAAGUGGCCGGUUGUAGUGGAGGUGCUACGGGCGGUGCAUGAUAAGGCGGCGACGGCGGACUUCGAGCUUGAGGCCACGAAGAAGGCGCUGAGGUUAGCGGAGCAGAUCGUCGAAUUGAUGGAAGAUAAGGAGCAUAUGGGGAAGGCAGACCCAGAGAUUGAUCUGCGGUCGAAGCCCCAGGUUGUUGCGCUGCCGCUGGAGAUGGCGGCUGAGCUUGCAUACCGACACGACGGGGAUGUGGAAAAGGUGAAAAAGUACGCGAACAGGUUGAUGAAUGCACUCAAGCAGCAUGAUUUCAUGAGUAGCGAUAUCCAGAAACUCAACGAUCUCGCCGCCGAACGCUCCUUCAAGAACGCGUCGGCUCAAGCCGAAGGGCUGACAAGCCUAGCGCGAGAGAUGUAUAGCAUCAUACCUCUUUGGAAUUCGCUUAGCACCGCACGAACGGUGCUUGACGAAGAGAUGCCCAUGGCGGAAGAAGCUGCGAACGUACAGCAGCAAAUCCGGGAGGCAUUACAGGCCGGCGAAGAGGCGCUUGGCGCGUUGAGGAUACGGGAUGGCAAUGAGAUUGCGAGGGAAGAGGGCGGCUACGCAGGAUAUGUCAAAAAUGCGAUUCGGAGGUGCGAGGAUUCGGAUGGAGACGAGAUCUAGAUGUAUAUCCAUACCAUCUUGUAUAUGUGAGUAUAGCUGUAAGAAUAUCUUGAUG